AUGGAAGAGAUGCAGGAGAUCAUGGUGUUGGAGAUGACAAUGGAGAAGAUGAUGAUGGAGGGAUGGGGAGAUGGUCGAGCAAUGGCAGUGGCAGUACCAGGCACACCAGGAGCUAGAUCAGAUGAAUCGUCCAAAAAGACCAUUAAACUGGAGAACAACUGCACGUUCCCUGUGUGGCCUGCGAUACUUUCAGGGAACGUUGGAUGUUCCUCCGAAGGGAAAGAAUCAACGCGAUUAAUUUGCGAAUCUGGUGACUGCGGAAAUUUGCUACGGUGUGAGAAAGCCCCGGAUGAGAAAUUGCAACCAUAUACACGGGCCAUAUUUGAUAACCGCAGUCUUACUGUUGAUGUCCAGAUGGGUUAUAACCUCCCAAUGUUUGUUGGUUUUGUUAACGGUUCCUGGGAAGGUUAUCCAUGCGGUUCAUCGCACUGCACAGGAUUAGGUGCUGACCUUUGCCCCACAAUUUCACAGGUAAAGGUGAAUAAUAAGGUUAUCGGGUGUACAUGUUCUGUUUGCAAUACAUAUUUCGGGCGUUGCAAUCCGCCCGAGUUCAAUGACAAUUUCCACGUAGCCUGCCCAAGUUAUGUUCCUUUCCAGCCAAAGGCAUGGUGCCCAGAUUCCACUAAUUACUUAUUUACUUUCUGUCCCGCAUAG